GAGAGACGUUCCAGAUUCUGUGGGCGUGGCUUGCGUUCACUGUGGCCCAGGCGCAUCUGUCUCAGCUAACGCAGCUAAGCAUUUAAUCGCAAGAGUUUUCACAGCUGCUAUUUCAUGCAUUUACAUCUGGUAGGCCUGUCAUGUUCGGAUGGAGUAAAUAGCCUUCUCCAGUCUUUCUGAAGUUGUAUCUCCUCCCAAAGCUUGUGAGACACUAACAUGGAGCAGGUGGAGCAGCUCAGGUCUGCCAGCCCUCAGCUGGAGUCUGUAAGGUCAGAGGUCUCAGAAGGGCAGGAUGAAGGAAGCACCAGCACUCGAAGGAAGAGGAGAAAGCGAGAGCACCGGCCGGAGUCCAUCAUCGUCUACCGCUCUGAUCCAGAGAGAGACCAUGGAGGAGAUAGCGAGGCUGGAGAGAGGAACUCUGAAGAGGGAGCUACGUUCCUGAACAACCCCAGCAGUGAAGGUUGGGCCGUGUCUCCUGACAGCCGCUACGUGACGCUCACGGGGACCAUCACACGCGGAAAGAAGAAAGGUCAGAUGGUGGACAUCCACGUCACGCUCACCGAGAGAGAGCUGCAGGAGAUGGCCAGGUCAAAGGAGCGUCUGGAUGCCGAAUGCGACGCUCGCGAGGGAUCGAGUCGCUCGUGUGGUCUCGGUCUUUCUCAGGGACCCCAUGUUGUCCUGUGGAGCCUCUCCUGCGCUCCCUUCGUCUUCGUCCUGUCCUUCAUCACCUCGUUUUACUACGGUACUCUCACUUGGUACAAUAUAUUCCUGGUGUACAACGAGGAGCGGACGUUCUGCCAUAAGAUCACGGUCUGCCCGUUCCUCAUCAUCUUCUACCCCGUGCUCAUCGUGGCUCUGUCGCUGUCGCUGGGCUUGUACUCGGCCGUGGUGCAGGUGUCCUGGGCCUUCAGCGAGUGGUGGCUGUCGGUCAGGGAUCUGGAGAAGGGUUUCUGCGGAUGGGCUUGUGGGAAGCUGGGACUGGAGGACUGUUCUCCGUACAGCGUGGUCGAGCUGCUGGACUCGGACACUAUUUCUGGGAGUCUGCGGGGAAAGUCGCAGCAAACAUCCUCGGUGUGAUUAGAAAUCUCUGAUGGUUACACAGCCCUGCAUUUUAAUAAUAUAUUAUAAUAGUUCUCCCAGAAACAACAUUUCCUGAAAAUGUACUCACCAUUAGGUCAUACAAGAUCAGGAUGAGUUUGUUUCUUCAUCAGAUUUGGAGAAAUGUAGCAUUGCAUCAGUGUCUCAUCAAUGGAUGCUCUGCAGUGAAUGG